ACACUCCAUCCAUAUCAGACACUCCAUCUAGUCAAGCCAUAAAGUUCAGAAAGUCCUUUAUAGAUGCAAGGCGACAAAAUGGAACAGGUGAAACAAAAUUUCAUCAAAGUCAGCUCCCAUUUUCAGAUAUUACUAAUCAUAUCCAACUUGACAAACACACGGAGCAAAACACCUGCCCAACAGCAAUUCAAACCAUAGGAACUUCCG